UUUCUUGAUUACCUAUUAGCUCAACCAAUAAAACCAAUAUUAGUAACAAUCACAAACUAUCAUUGUGAUCCUGUGUUUUCUCUAUCAAUAACACACACAAAAUGUCAAUUUCUGUUUGUCAACCUCAGGAAAAAAUCGUCACCAAAAGUUUCUCCCAAAAAGGGGACAUGGGUGGGUUGAGUUUCCUGCAAUCUAUGUCCGAUAUCACUGCCAUUGUCCGAAACAGAGAGGAUAAAACCUAUGGCUAUGUGCACCCGACAGAGAAACGCUCUGUUUCUAAGCUGAAUGAGAAAAGCCUAGAGAUGUGCACUGAGAGUCUUGGAGCCGAAACAGGAAGCGAGAGCGGUGACGAGUUGUCCUUACUUGCGCUUGAAGCAACCGCUAUCUCUAGGGCUCAUUCUCUUUCUCCUAAGCCGAAACCCCAAGAAGAAGAAAAGGACACUGACUUUCACGCCAAGAGAUCAACGAUGAGUCGCAGCAAAAGUUUCCCACCACCGAUAAAGUUCGUUAAAGAAUCAAGGUAUAAUCGUAUAGUGAGGUCGUUAGGAGAAGAUGGUCGUGUCGUUGUUCAAGCAAUUAGGGUUUCAUCUCCGCCACGUAACUUUGUAGCGGAACGUGAGGAAGGAAGGCUCCGUCUCUGUUUAUCGACGGAAAGUUCUUUACUUAGGCACAAUCAUGAGGAAGUGGAAGAAGAAACCGAGGAGGGCAUGGCCGAGGAGAAUAGUGAGAACUUGGAGGGUAAAAAUGGAAAUAAAAAGAUUAGCAGGCUAAGCAGCAGAUGCAAGGAGAAUGGUCGUGAGCCUCAACCAAUGCUUACUUGGAAGCAGCAGCAGUUUUGGGUCGCCACUUAAAAAGACUUCAUUAAGCUUCUAAUCAAAUAAGUUAAAAAUAUGAGUUUCUUAAUUUUAUAACGUAUGCUUUUGUAUGAUUUCUCGAGGGUACUGGGAGUUGUUUUCCAAUUCUAUUUGAUGUAGUGUUAAAUGAGACUUUGUUAUUAUGAUAAUGUUUCUUCUUAUUAUUAUUUUAGCAGUCAGCAACAAAAGCUGAACAUGUACUAUUAGCAGUCACUUUGUACCUGAAAAAACUCGAAAAUGUAGUUGGAAAUUCCUGAGCGGU